AUGAACUAUGUCCUGCCCCAAUCUGCCUUGAUAGGUUUGAUAUUCCUGAUAUUGGGGACCUCCGUUGUUGCAAAUGCCAUUGUGAAACUUCAUGAUAUCAACGUCACAUAUCACGGCUUAACGAGUGAACAUAUUGAGCACUUUUAUAAUAUUAAAUUCGGCCACGAUACUUCUGGUGAGCGACGCUUCGCCCCUCCAGAGCUUUACGUGCCGCAAGCAGGAAGCGAGUUGGACGCCACGGUACCUGGCCUACCAUGCCCUCAGUUAAAAGCCGGCAUACCGCCAUUUUUUGACGAGAUUCAGGAAGUUAGUGAAGAUUGCCUUAACCUCUGGAUUUCAAGACCUGCAGGAACCACUGCUAAAGAUAAGCUCCCGGUGGUCCUUUGGAUUCCUGGAGGUGGAGUUAUCAAGAGCUCGGCACACGAUUCCCACGCCGAUCCCAAAAACUUGAUCACAUUAUCAACUUCACUUGCAAAACCUGUGAUAUUUGUGUCGCUGAAUUUUCGUGUUACAAUUUUCGGGUUUGCGCGCCUUUCCAUCCUAAAAGAGCAGAAAUCCCUGAACGUGGGAAUGCGGGACCAGCGAUUAGGAUUUCAAUGGGUAAAAGAUAAUAUUGCAUCAUUCGGCGGCGACCCAGAGAGGAUCACCGUGUUUGGAGUCAGCGCUGGAGGUACUUUUUCUUCGCUUCACACCAUGGCGUUUGGUGGCGAGAAAGGUGUACCAUUUACGCAAGCUUGGGCUAUAUCUGGCCCACCCGGCACGACUCUCAGCAUCAACAGCGAUAUGACGGAUAUGCAUACUCGUGGCGUAGCAGAGAAGUUAGAAUGUAAUAGCAAUGAAGAGGAGGUGAUCCUUAAGUGUUUACGUGAAGUACCGAUGGGAAAGCUGGUAGAAGUGGCUAUGGAAUAUUCAGUAAAUAACCAUCCGCCACUUGGGCUUUUCACCUUCAUUCCGUCGGUCGAUGCCGAUUUUCUACCAGAUCGUCCAUCUGUGUUGUACAGAUCAGGAAGAUUCGUCAAAGGUAUCCCAAUGAUCUUCGGUUGGACACAGAAUGAUGGUGCCACGAACAUCCUGUCUCCUACGACAAUUCAAAGAGAGGAAGAUAUGAAAGACGUAAUCAAAAGUUUUCCUCAUUCACUUACCGAUGAAGACUAUGAAGCACUUUUUUCUCACUACCCCUCAUCAGCAUUUGAGGAAGAUUUACAGAACUAUGAAGCUCGAAAAAGUAGCUCGGAUCCGACUAUGUCUGUCCACUACUUCCGUGUCUCUCGCAUCCUGCGUGAUAUUUUAUUCACAUGCCCGUCAAUUGACUUUGGAUACGAAGUAUCUAGACAGUCUAGUGCAAUCGAUCCUACCUUUCCUGGUGUUCGCCUCUAUGCCUUGAAUCAGUCUAUGUUGACCCCGCUGUUGAAGGCUGCUGGAAUGCCGUACGUGGGUGUAGCCCACGGUAGCGACACUAAUUACAUUUUCAAUGGCUUGUUCCCCGAGGGCCAGAUUUCUAAAGAAGAUAAGAAUCUAUCAAGAUCAGUAGCUGCUUCCUUAAUCUAUUUCGCCUACACAGGUAAUCCCACCUAUGCAGACAACGAAGGCUUCAGUUUAUGGCCAGAAUCGUUUGCACAGAGCGAAGAUCGACAUUUGGGAUCGGAUCUUUCCAGAUUCAAUUUGCAGCUCAUUGGUGGGCCACUAGGAACAGGUUCUUGUUUCCUACGUAAGGAGAAUUACACUACUAACUUGAGUUCAGAAAGGGGUAGUAUGCAGGUUCCCUUCAUGGCUGAUGUAGAAUUUGGAGAAAUGGACUCCAUACCCCUUGAGGAAAGGCAGCAAAAGCUGAAACGUCAAAACCUCUUCGAGCGAUGUGCAUAUAUCAGGACCCUCAAUGAGAAACUAGGGGUGUGA